AUGGCCCCACUCGGGGCACCCCGCCGACCUGUGACCCCCGGACUGGACCCCCUGGCUCUGAUCACCGGAAAAUUCUACUUCUUCUGCCUCCUCCUCACCGCGGUUCUUUCAUACACGAACGGCCUUCCUACAAGGACUGAAAGACUCAUAUCUGAGAAUGAUCGGUACUACUCGGUAGAAGGGCAGAAUGGCCUAAUCAAAUGUCUCCUGUGCCCUGCAGGUACUUAUGUUGCAGAACAUUGUACCAUCCCAUACACAAGUGGAAGAUGUGAGAAUUGUCCUGAAGAUACUUUCAGCCAAUAUGCAUCAGGGUUGCCUGAGUGCCUCACCUGUGACAUAUGUCGCGAUGAUCAGAAAGAGACAUCCUCUUGUAUUGCUACUAAGAACACCGUCUGCCACUGCAAGAAGGGAACUUUCUGUCCACCAGGCCAGCCAUGUGAGAUCUGCAUGCCCUGUACAAGCAGGUGCCCUGAAGAUCAGGUGGUAAAGGCACCCUGCAAUUCAACAACAGAUAUGCACUGCAGCCCUCCAAGUUCUUCCACUAGCACAAGUGAUAUUGUCAUAGCCUGUGUAGUGGUUUCAUUCAUCAUUAUCAUCAUCAUCAUCAUCGUUGCUUGUGUAUAUCAGAAGAAAAGGAGCACUGACACAGGGUCUAAACUCUUUGGUAAACUAACUUUCCAUAUCUGCUGCAAGGAAAAUGAAGACCACAAUGAGGCCAAAGGAGACCUACUUCAAAGAGACAUUAUUCUGCAGUUUAAGGAAGGAAUCGAUAGAGACACGAAAGAAGAAAUCAUCCCCAGAUUGUGGCCCAUUAUUGUGCGGAAGGUUCCCAUUAAAGAGUUUUCAAGUUUAAUGCACUCUCUGGGACUAAGUCAAAAUGAAAUUGAAAGCGCUAAAGUGGACAACCCUAGCAAUGUUAAUAAUCAGCACAGUGCCAUGCUGCAAACCUGGUACCAGAAAGGUGCGUUUGACAUCAAUACACUCCUAAAAGCCCUGCGGAGUCUAGACAUGGAAAAAGCUGCACAUGACAUCACAGAUCAGCUGAUCAGUGAAGAACUGUACGUCCCACAGAUCCAGCAAUAA